GCGGGUUAUAUGAUUCCGGCGGGCUCUUAGUGUCUAUGUUGAUGGCUUAUUCACCUGGUGACAAGAUAUUCGCGAAAGUUAAGGGUCAUCCCCACUGGCCAUCACGAAUUAACCUCCUUCCGGAAGAUGUUCCAAUUCCGAAGGGAAAAUAUCCCAUAUUCUUCUAUGGCACCCACGAAGUGUUUGUUGCAUAUAUUGUAUUUUUUGACAGCUAUUUUCAGUUAUUUUCUAGCCCCAAGAGACAUAUUUCCCUACGAAAAGUUUAAACAUAAGUAUGGCGUCCCUCGCAAUAAAGCCGUUUUCCAGGCUGGAUUACGAGAAAUAGAGGAAAAUCCAGAUGUUCUGCUUUAUAAGAAGGAUCCAGAAGCUGAAAAAUUUUUGGCUCAGUUUUAUUCGUUCAAACGUGGGUGUGAAGAUACUAGUCACAAUUCUACCGCGGCUUCUUCUACAGUCGAAAUACAAAGUCAAAAACGGUCAAAGUCAACCUCAGCUGAGUUGGAACAUGGAAGAUCAGCUAAACGACUACAUACAGAACCUCAAAGAAACAGCUGUUCAGUGAAUAACCAUCAUCCUCGUAGUGCACAAAAGAAUAAACGAAGUAGUUUGGUAAAAUGUGUCAAAAAAUCGCCAACUACAACUAAUAAUCUUGUGAAAUCAUCCAAUCAAUCAAUGGAUGUCACGGUAGAAUCAGACGAUUCUGUUCCUGUAGAAGAAGACUCUCGACGUGUUUCAGCUCUUCGACUGCGUAUUCGUAAACAAUCCACGGUUUCGAUGUCUCGUGAUUCGGUUUCUCCAUCGUCUCCAUCUACAACUGGAUCAACUGCUACAUUAGAAGCACAUCAUGUUGGAUUUGAACAGUCGCAUGUAUCGUCCAACGAUCCGUUGAAGAUUAUUAUACGCCAAAACACGUCUAUGUCUCCAAUUGUUUCCAUUGAAGAGAAACUCAAGCCAAGACCUAUCGUUUCAGUGACACCAACACGCAGUACAGCUAGUGGAAACAGUAUGAACCAACCUGAUACUACUACUCAUCGGACGCGUUCAACAGCGGUUGUCACUCCUCUUCUUCGAAAUGUUCUUCCAGAACUCAGUGAUGAUGAUUCUUCCGAUUCUGUUACUUCUACAAAUGAUGCAAAUCUGAAGACAAAUAACAUUGAUAAUAAAUUAGGCGAAAAAACAACUGGAAGUAACCAAGAUUCCGAAAGAAAUACUUAUCGAACUGAUAGUAUUCGCUUAAGAAGAAGACCUGCAAAACAAGGACGCUAUUCCACUGAAUUCAUUAUGUUCACCAAUGUUAAAAGCUCUCGUAAAAGAAGUCCUAGUAUCAGUCCUAAAUUAUCAUCUCGUAAUUGGGAAAAGAGUCCAAUGGAGUUGACUUCCAAAUCAGUUGAUGUGAGAACCUCGUCAGUUGUUAGUUCUAAUUCCACCGUUAUUGUCUCGCCAAGCACCGCUGCGACUUUCAACAACCAAGACGUAAAAGACAAAGAGCAACAGUUGAAAGAUUUGGAUACUGAAGAACGCCUACUGCUAAUUGAUCGUUCUAUAAAAUCAAGCCUCAUUCAAGGUCAUGAGGAUAUUGCCACAUGUGUUGAUAGGCUUGAACUUCUUGAUAAAAUGACUAUUUCUUUACCAAUAAUGGCUAGAUGUUGGACAGUGGUGGAGACAAUACGAAAAUGCCGUCGAUACAAACGUUCAUUAGAAGUAAAAAUUGCUGCACAAAAAGUAUUUAAUAAAUUUCUUCAACUUUAUGCUACUGCUGAUAAAAAUGAAUUGGAUCUUGCUCAUGCUGAACUAAUCAAACAUCAACAGCGUCAUAUGAAGAAACAUUUACCUUGCUUUAAUAAAGGUGAUUCUUUGGAAGAAACUGUAUCAAUGUCAGGCAAUUCUAUUCCACCAUAUAUGGGGCCUAAGUCUAUGGCUGACUUAUUCCAGUUGACAAUACGCUCUACAAAAAGUGAUAUACCAGAUGUUAAGAAAACCUGUGAUGAAAAGGCAAAACGGACUUCGGAAACUUUACAAUCUCCGUCUUCUAUUGAUGCAACACCUAAUGUAUCCAAAUCUUUAGAGCGAUUUGACCAAUCGACUGUUAAUACGGAUAAAGCUACAACUGCCACAAUUAAACUAAAUACUACAGAUUGUGAGUCACAAUCUUAUUCAUCACAUCAUUCACCUUUAAAAGGAGGUUUUCAGAUUGAUGUCUCUGUCCAGGAUAUACCUCUUCCUGAAGAAACUCCUACUCAGUUUAUUUCACCUAAGGAAACAGUCAUAAAUUCAACUGAUAUAAUGACUACAUGUAAAGAUAUUGAUGAGAUGCCACCUGAAGAUGAAGAUAUCGAAGAAGAAUUUGAACUUCUAGAUGUGUAUGAAGAACCAGAAGAACCAACUGAUACUUAUUUAAUCCAACAAUCUGAUUGUAAAUUUCCCAUUGUUCAAUCUUCAUCUGAACAGAGCAAUUUUAUUCAGAAUAAAAGUAUAUCUCUAUCGACUACACCUGAACAAGCUGGUUUUACAGUGACUCCUAUGUCAGAUAUCAGUUGUAGUUCAUCAGCAACGUAUAUGGGUACAUAUCAUCCUCAUCUUCUCAUUACAAAUAAUACACUAUAUCCAUAUCCUGUUUUCCCAAAUGUACCGAUACAAAAUCCUUACAGGAAUCAUGGUCACUCACUAACCAACUAUUCUUCACCAUCUCAGUCAAAUCGUCAAAAUGUUGAUGCUACACCGCCUCAAUCUUCCUCACGUGCUUACAUUCCUCAUUCUCUUCAUCCUUCAGAAGAUCCUCCUCCACCGUAUCGGCCAUAUAUCCCAACUCGUUGCACCAUUGAACAAACUCAAGAAUUAAAAACUUCACCUGAUUCAUCGAUAAAACUACCAAAAGAAUCAUCUCAUUCUGGUAGAAUCACAAAUAACGGAGGUGGUGGUAUUCAAGAACUUGCUUCAACAACUAAGCAAUCGAAUGUCCAUUCCGAUCGUCGUAAAGUUCGCGAUAUAGCAAGCAACAACAGUAUUUCUCGAGAAACUCGAACUCCACCUCAUCGAGGUCGUAGUCCACAUGCUCUGCCACAUCCAUUAGAGCAUUAUCAACGUUAUCUUAAAUCCGCUCUUAGCGCUGAAGAUGAAUCCAGCAAAAAUGAUACAUCUAGACAACUUACUGACAAUAGUCUUCAAUCUCAUGAAAUUUUACCGAAUGAUCAACUAUCUCCUAACAAUUCUAAGAUGGCUGAUGAGAUGAAAUCCCAUAUUUCUCCUAUUGAUGAUGAUGAUCAUCAUACUCAUCAUGAAAUACCUUUUGUUAGUCCAUCGGCUGAAGAUCUGGAUACACGUAUUGCACGGUUGUAUGAUUUAGCUAUGCGUAAAAAUAGUAUGACAACAUCAACUAGUAGUAGUAGUAGUGCAGUAGACACAUGUUCUAAUGAAACUACUCAACUACAAAAAUCCACAACUACCAAUCCAAUUGUUUCUCCGCCACCUCCUCCACCACCACUUCCUACAUCUCAACGUAUACUAUUCACACAUAGACCAAUUCAUUCGAAUGCACCUAACUCUCUGACUCCUUUAUCUUCUUCGUCGUCUUCUUCUUCUUUACAACAACAACAACAACCACAUCAACAACAAGAACUACCACUGUUGUUAUCUCAUAAGAAUAAUAAUGCCAAUAACAGGAAUUUCGAAAAUAACACCACACAUACAGCAGAACCUAUCAAUCGCAAUAAUCAAAUUAGUUCUAGUUCACUAAAUGAACCAAAUCAAUGUGUAGUACUACUAUCAAGAGGUUCUCAUCCUCCCAGCUCUGAUAAUAUUGCCAUGAUGAAUUCUUAUAUUUCAUCUGAAAUUUCAUAUAAAGCCUCUGAACAACAAACUAGUAGAAAUCCAUCUGUCACUAAUCGUGCUGUCAAGUUUCCUAGUACUAGUUCAGAUGUUGUACACCAUGCGACGAACUCAUAUCCAAGACAACCUUUUAAUAAUAAUAAUCAUCAUCAUCCACAUGGUGCACGUCAUUAUCCUACGAAUCCAAGACAUACAACAACAACACCACCAACCACACAUCCUCAUAUUCAACGUUCCAAUUCAAAUCGUGCGAAAUUAGAUAGCCAUGAUCCAUUAUUGUCUAGUCGACGUCGUUCAGACAGAGAUGACGAUCGAGAUAUUUAUUCAAUGCUUGGUGUUUGAAUAAAAUUCAAAAAGCUUUAUUUAUUUUUUUUAAUUAUUUAGUUUGUGAUUUUAGCUUGUUAAAAAAAAAUCAUUCUCUUUAUUAUGAAAUAAAAAAGAAAUC